AGUGAAGUGAUGAUGCGGCCAUGGUGGCUCCUCCCGUCUCCAACAAGAUCUGACCGGCGGCCAUGAAGCAGCUCGCCGUCCCCAUCCUCCUUCUCCUCCUCUCCCUCUCCUUCAUCCUCCUACUCCUCAGACCCACCUCCCCGCCUCUCGUCCCCUGGCAAGCCCCCAACCCCGACCGCCGCCUCAGGGUCUACGUCGCCGCCCUACCCCGCGCGCUCAACUACGGUCUCCUCGACCGCUACUGGUCGCUCCCCGCCGCCGACUCCCGCAUCCCGGCCUCCUCCGACCCUGACCACCCGGCCCCGCACAACCACCCGCCCUACCCUGACAACCCCCUCAUCAAGCAGUACAGCGCCGAGUACUGGCUCCUCGCCUCCCUCCAGUCAGCCUCGGCCGGGGCCGCCGUGAGGAAGGUCGCAGACUGGAGGGAGGCCGAUGUCGUGUUCGUUCCCUUCUUCGCGACGCUGUCCGCGGAGAUGGAGCUCGGGUGGGGCGCCAAGGGCGCUUUCCGCAAGAAGGACGGGAACGAUGACUACCGGCGGCAGCGGGAGGUCGUCGACCGCGUCACCGCGCACCCCGCGUGGCGGCGGUCCGGCGGCCGCGACCACAUCUUCGUCCUGACAGACCCUGUGGCUAUGUGGCACGUCCAGGCUGAGAUAGCUCCUGCAAUUCUUUUGGUGGUUGAUUUUGGCGGAUGGUACAAACUUGAUUCCAAGUCUGCAAGCAGAAACUCUUCUCAUAUGAUACAGCAUACUGAAGUGUCCUUACUUAAGGAUGUCAUUGUGCCUUACACACAUUUGCUCCCGACACUGCGCUUAUCAGAGAAUAAAGAUCGGCCCACCCUUCUGUACUUCAAAGGAGCAAGGCAUAGGCAUCGGGGUGGUUUGGUGCGAGAGAAGCUAUGGGAUUUGCUAGGUAGCGAGCCUGAUGUUGUCAUGGAAGAAGGCUUUCCUAAUGCCACUGGACGUGAACAAUCAAUAAAAGGUAUGCGGACAUCAGAGUUUUGCUUGCAUCCAGCUGGUGACACCCCAACGUCAUGUCGCCUCUUUGAUGCUAUUGCCAGUAUUUGCAUACCAGUCAUUGUUAGCGAUGAGGUUGAGCUUCCUUUUGAAGGGAUGAUAGACUACACAGAAUUCUCCAUUUUUGUGUCAGUUAGUAACGCUUUGAGAUCUGAAUGGUUAACAAACUACUUAAGAAAUAUUUCCAAGCAGCGGAAGGAUGAGUUCCGAAGAAACCUGGCUCAUGUCCAACCUAUCUUUGAGUAUGACACUAGUUACUCUAGCAGCACAGGCACUGCUCCCCCAGAUGGUGCUGUGAACUACAUAUGGAAGAAGAUUCAUCAGAAAUUGCCGAAAAUUCAGGAAGCAGUCAUCCGGGAGAAGCGGAAGCCUGAUGGCGCAUCAAUCCCUCUCCGUUGUCAUUGUACAUGAACCUUUCUCAGCCACCGAUACCCCAUGGGAAGACUUGCGAGAAUCAGCAGUUACUCCAACUUUAUUCAUUCUUUUUUUGGUAGUUGCAAAUUGAGCAUGUAACACUAGGAGUAUGUUUCUGAACCAAACUUUGGACACUCAUCACAAGUGGUUUCACACGCUGUUCCAUACGUUAUUGGAGUGGGAUUGUGUGUUCAGCAA